AUGAGCAAACGCUGGCUUCUCGUCUUCUGUCUGGCGGUGGUCUGCACCCUGUUGUGGGCGAUCCAUACGCUGCUUUUCGUCCACGAGUAUGCCAAAGGCUAUCAGAAGGUGCUGGAUACGCGGUGAGUGGGGGUUUUGCCGAUGGGACGUUUUAUAUGAUGAAACAUGUUUCAGGGUGUAACUUGUCUCUGCGCAAAUUUUUUAUAAAAAUUUUGUGCCAUGCAUGUCAAUAAGACUCUUCCGAGAUUUGAAAUUUAAAUGACAGCUAUAAGGACGUUUUAUACGAUGAAACAUGUUUCGCCGUAUAAAAUGUCUCCGCGCAAUUUUUCCUGUUGAAAUUUUAUGUUGUUCUUGUCAAAAAAGGAAUGCUGAAUUUCAAGCAUUUAAUGUUUGGUGCGGGGACGUUUUAUACGAUGAAACAUGUUUCGCCGUAUAAAAUGUCUCCGCGCAAUUUUUCAUGUUGAAAUUUUAUGUUGUUGUUGUCAAAAAGAGGAAUGCCGAAUUUCUAGCUUUCAAAUGAUUGGUGCGGGGACGUUUUAUACGAUGGAACAUGUUUCGCCGUAUAAAAUGCCUCCGAUGAAAUUGUGUGCAAAAAUCUUGUGCUGCGCACGUGAAUGAAAGCUUUUUUAUGAUUCGGAAUUUAAAUGGCAGUUAGAGGGAUAUCUUCGAUGAAACAUGUUUGAUCGUAUAAAAUGUCUCCGAAAAAUUUAAAAAUUACUUUUAAGGUUAAUUACCAAUUUUAGACAAUAAAAAUAGUAAUUUUUUUUUGAUUUCAUACCGAAAAAAUUAUAUUUCCCCCACUUUUCAGCCACUCAAUUGACCAUCAGCCCCUCCCAACGCUCGUAAUCUGCAACAAAUUCCCGUUUAAUCAGCCGGAUCUGGAUCGUUUCGGCGCCUCGUUCAACCAAGAUAUCGUAUUGGAAUAUCUCCGCCACUGGCUGGAGCACUCUUACGGGGCCGAUCCCUCGACAAUCCCGCUGAAUUCAAGUGCUGCCACGGCUGCGGAAGGCAUCAUCAGCCAGAAUCUGCUGGGAGACUCGUUCAAACAGCAUCUGGACAGCUUUCUGCUGCCCUGUCCUCAGUUGUUGGCCCAGUGUGUGGUUCAAGGCGCGCUGUUGAGUGGGCCCGAGUGCUGUGCCAGCUUCGUGAAGCCGUACUUGUCCACGCUCGAGGGGCUGUGUUUCGUGUUUGAGGCCACAAAUGUCACACAAGAAGGGUUUAUGGUCGAUCAAGGAAUUCGAUUGGACUUUAAGGUAGGUUUUGAAAAAAUAUGGAUAUCUUGAAGCACACGCCUCAGAUUACCAUCAAAUUUGGCACGAACACUCUAUAUAGAGUUCACAACAAACACUGAAAAUUUGAGCUCUGAUUAUAGAAUACCGUCUGAGAUAUUGAGCAAUCUUGUUAUCGAUAGACAUCAAAGUAAAAAAAUUUUUUUUUUGAAAUCUCAGCGAGUAACCCUUGGAUUUGUCUGAAAUUUGGCGUAGAAACUUGUCAUAGACCAGAAAUAAAUGCCUAAAAUUUUUAGCUUUUGCUAUGCGACAGAAGCCCUAAAAAAUGAAAAAAUUUCCGUUGCACUGUGUGAAAAUUUGAAAACUCCAAUCUGCACAGUGCAAUGGUAAAAAAGACAGGUUUUAGGUUGCACUGCGCAAAAAAUCGCUGGGAAUUUUUCACUGUGCAAAAAAUUAUUAGUAGUUUCGCAUAGUCCAUCAAAAAAGAGGCAAAAUUCCCACUGCACUGUGCGAAAAUUUGAAAACUCUAAUUUGCACGGUGCAACGGUAAAAAAUGGUAAAUUCAGAGUUCACCGUGCAAAAAAUCGCUUGUAUUUUUCCACUAUGCGAAAAUUAGGGGCUGUUUUGCAUGGUGUAUCGAAAAAGAGUCCAAAUCAAAUGUGCACAGUGCAAAAAAACGACAGUAUUUUUUUGCACUGUGCAUCAGAGAAAAGGUCAAAAGUCGUUUGUUUUGGCAUUUUGAUGUGUAAAAAUAAAAAAAACGGCAAAAAUAUUUCCGCUGCACUGUGCGAAAAUUCGAAAAAUCUAAAUUUAGACUGCACUGUGCAAAAAAUUAUGAUUUAUAUUUUUGCACGGUGCAUCGUAAAAAAGGCCAAAAAGAAACUUUUUUGGCGUCUAGAUGCUUUCAAAAUUAAUAAAAUAAAUUUUCAGAUCGCCCACGACAGCUUCAGCCCAGUCCGUCAUCCGGGAAUCAAGCUUUUCAUAAAGCCCCCCAACUCGAGUGCCCUUCGUUUGGCCACCGAGCUGGAUCAGCCAAUCGAACUGCCCUCCGGCAAAUCGGUCAGCGCCCUGAUUCAACGCGAGACCACCUCCUUUUUGGGCGGGCAUUGUGGCCAGACCUCGGAGGACGCCCAUUCCCAGGACUCGGCCAAUUCCACGAAACCCUCGCUUCCCCAAUGUCUGGUGGAGGAGUCGAUUCGAAUGUGCAGAUGUGUCCCGUUGAGUGUGGUCUUGUGGGUGUAUCGAGGCGAUUUCAGCGGGUAAGAGAGGUGAUUUGAGGAAGAUUUUGCAGGUUUUUGAUGCACUGUGCAAAAAAUUUUUUUUUUUGCUUUUUUUGCACUGUGCGAAAUUUUUUUUUUUUGCUUUUUUUGCACUGUGCAAAAAAUUUUUUUUUGCUUUUUUUGCACUGUGCAGCAAAAAAUUGAAGUCCCAAAAUUUUUUUUUAAUUCUAAUAUCAAUUCGUAUUUGCCGAAAAAUCAAAAAUUCAAAUUUUGCAGGUUUUUGCCGCACUGUGCAAAAAAAUUUUUUUUUUUUUGCACUGUGCAGCAAAAAUUGAAGUCCCAAAAAAAAAUUUUUUUUUCUAAUAUCAAUUCGUACUGUUUCAUCAAAUUUCGAACCUGAAAUUUUUAUUGCACAGUGCGAAAAAUUCAAAAAUUCAAAUUUUGCAGGUUUUUGCUGCACUGUGCAAAAAAUUUUUUUUUUGCUUUUUUUCCACUGUGCAGCAAAAAAUUGAAGUUGAAGUCCCAAAAAAAUUUUUUUAAUUCUAAUAUCAAUUCGUAUUGUUUUAUCAAAUUUUGAGCCUGAAAUUUUUAUUGCACUGUGCGAAAAAUUCAAAAAUUCAAAUUGCACAGUGCAGGAAAUCAUUGCUUUUUUCGCACUGUGCGUUUUUAAUAAGAGCCAAAAUUCCCAUUGCACUGUGCGGAAACUCCAAUUUUUGAUGCACAGUGCAAAAAAGCGAUAACUUCCUGCACAGUGCAAACUGAAAAAUUUCCUUCCAUUGCACUGUGCAAUCGGAAUUUUGGCCAUUUUCUCUACUGCACAGUGCAGUUUGGAUUCAGGAUUUUUACGCACAGUGCAAUGGGAAUCUUGACGAUUUUUUCUGACGCACAGUGCAAAAUUACGAUAACUUCCUGCACGGUGCAAACUGAAAACUUUUUUUUCCGUUGCACUGUGCAAUUUCGAUUUUUCUUUUUUCCGCACAGUGCAAUGGGAAUAUCGGCAAUUUUUUCUGAUGCACAGUGCAAAUUAAAAAAUUUUUUUUGGCAUUGCGCUGUGCAGUUUGGAUUUUGGAUUUUUUUGCACAGUGCAUUUGGGCGCCUUUCUGGUGCACUGUGCAGAUUGAUUUUUUUAUAUUUUAGCACGGUGCAAUUGGAAUUUUGAUUCUUAAAAAAUUGCACAGUGCAAUUUUUCAAUUUUCGCAGGCCUUAGAAUGCAUUUUUAUAUCAGUUAAAGCUUUGACAAAUUUGAAUUUUUCAGUCAACUGAUCAGCCAGCUGAAUGCGACUUCUAUUUGCACCGCCGGUGAAUACGAUCGUUGCUCGAGGGCAUUCAUGGAGGUGUCCCGGCCUGCUUAUUGGAAUACAGAGGUCGCAACGUUGAGGAAUCGACUGGCCACGAGUCUGAGGACUUGUAAAAGGUAGGAGAAAGGAAGAAAAAAAAUAAAAAUUUCGGGAUUUUUUCGAAUUUUUGAGCAAAAAAUCUCGAAAAUUUCUGAAUAUUUCGAGCUAGAAAUUUCGGAGAUUUCUUAGGAAACUGUGAGCUAAUUUUUGACCAAAUUUCAAAAAAUAAAAAAAAAUUUUUUUUUGAUUUUUUUUUUGAAAUUUUUUUUUUUUUUUUUUUGAAAAAAUUUUUUUUUCAGCAAAGCCCGUCUGCCCUGUCAACAAGUCAACUACAACCCGAAAAUUUCGACGCAGCAAAUCCCCACAACCAACGAUUACACCGCAACUUUCUCCGUGGCCUACGAAUCGACGGAUUUGAUCGAAAAAAUCCACCAACCCAACCCCUCAUUUUUCGAACUCCUCUCCUUUGCCGGCUACAAUUUGGCGCUUUGGUUUGCUAUCGCGUUUUUGUUCUGGCUGUUUCUGACUACAACUUGCUGUAGGUUCAACAAGACGGCGCACAAAGUGAAACCAGGUAGGAUUUUGAAAAAAAAAAAAUUUAUUUUGAUGAAAUCAGGCAAAAAUUAAAUUAUGUUUUUCUCAAGCCUAUACGAAAUUUUUAGCUUGCAUUAUGCAGGAAAAGUCGAGAUUUUUAUUAAUCUCGAAGAAUCCAAAAAAAAAAUUUUUUUUUAAAUUUGCGAUUUUUAGACUCAAAAAAUUUCAUUCCUUACAACGCGUUGAGUUCAAAAACCGUUUAUAAAAAAAUUCUAAUCUGAAUUUGCGCCAAGUUUCAUCAAAAUCUUCACAUAAAAUUUCCAUUGCACCGUGCAGCAAAUAAAUCCCCUUUUUGCACUGUGCAGUAGAAAAAAGAGUCAAAAUUCUCAUAGCACCGUGCGAAAAUUUGAGGAAUUCAAACUGCAAAGUGUAACGGCCAAAAAAAUUUUGUUACAAAGGCUGCAAAAAACCUCUAAAUUUCACUCUGCACAGUGCAAUGGCCAAAACAAUUCCACUGCACAGUGCAAAUUUUUCUUCAGCUUUAAUAAAAAAUUUUCAGGUCCCUCAUUAGUACAGAGCGCCGAAAAUAGCCGGCCGAGUAGUCAGGAUCAAGUUCUGGUCGGAAGAAAUGUCCUACCGCCGAUUGGGACCGCUCGGAGCAUCCAGGAUUCGACCAAAGGCCUGGUCCGAAGUAUUGCUCUCCCUUCAACGUCAUCGACGUAAAUUGGAAAAACAAGUGGAAUUUGUUCAUGUACAUUCUAGUCACUGUGCGAAAAUAUAACCCAUGGUCUUUCAGAAAUUUUAUUUAUUUUUUGUUUUUUCGAUUGUUUGCAUUUUUAUGUAAAUUUUUCUUCGAAUAGAUGAAUUAUGUCAUGUAAUCGUUAAUAAAUUGUUUGAGUAAAGUGGUUUUGGAAAAAAUGUCAAGAAUUUAGCAGUAAAGACCAAGCUCAUCUUUGUCAGGCCAACGGUUUUUAAUGGGGACAUGUUAUACGAUAAACCAUGUUGCAUCGUAUAAAAUGUCUCCACCUCAGAUUUUUAAGAUGAAGCUGAUCAAUUCCUAAUAAACCAUAUUUUUAAUCCCUAAAAAUUUUAAUUUUUGUUUUUCAGGGAUAUGUUAUACGAUGAAACACGUUCCGCCGUAUAAAAUGUCGCCGCAUAGAAAUUUUUGAUUAGGCAGCCCAAGGAGUAUAUUUUAUGGCAAUCUACAUUAGCAGUCCUCUUGCCAUUGUUUAAAAAUUUUACCCGGAGACAUUUUAUACGAUAAAACAUGUUUCAUCGUAUAACGUGACUCCUUGAAAAAUGCGUUGAAUUUUCAGGAAAUAAAAUAAAGUCCAUUAGGACUGGUUUUAAAAUAUUUAAAAGUAAAUAUUACGCCAGACGUUUUAUACGAUAAAACAUGUUUAAUCAUAUAACAUGUCACCUUCAAAACUGUAGCUAUAUUUUUCGGACCAAGAAUGCUCAUUUCGAUUUUUCUCUGCAAAAAAAUCACCCGAUUUGUUUGUUACAAAACAGAGCAGCACCUGUUGACACAUUGGUUGCCAAGGCUGGAAAUCCCCCUUUUUGGGCGUUUAAUUUGAAUCGUUUCGAAAUUCGAGGGGGAAAACCAGCGAGUCGAUUCCCCUACGGACGUCAUGGAUACAGCGAUUGUUUCGAAAAUUCUGGAGAUGAAGAACCUUCAGACGACUUUACGAAAGCCUUUUGUUGAGAGAACUUUAGCGGUUUUUGAAAAAGUUGGCCAUAUUUUUAGCGAAAGUUACUUUUUUGGGGUUUACAGAUGACGAAAACCUUAGAAAAUGCCGAAAAAUCAUCUUGAUUCGGUGCAAAUUUUAAUUCAGUUUUCUCUAACCGUCUCUCCACAUCUACACAGUCUCACAAAGACCGUUGAAUAUCUCGCUCUGCUUGCAAAGCGCGAGCUGAAAUUUUCAGUAAUCGAUUUGGGGCCUAGAAAGAUUAUUCAUGCAAAAUUUGAAGGCAUUUCGAACGCCUUGCCUUGGGCAAUCAAGGAUUUAAUUUUUGGAUUUUUUAUUAUUAAAAACUUUUUUCUUUCGUCCUAAAUUUUUUUAGCUAUUUUCAUGUUAAAUUUCAGAUGCUGUCCCUCAAAAUUUGUUCGUUUUUCUCUUCACUGCUCGUUCUACUCCACUAUUUUUCGACCGAAGUCGCGGCCGUAAAUUGUUUACAAUGCUCGGGCUGGAACGGCAAAGGAUAUGCUCCCAGAUCUGUCAACGUGAAUCCGUGUGAAAACCCAAAUAACGCUUGUACAACGAAUCAAUUCUGUGUGAAAAUUAUCGACCCCAUCUUCAAACACAAAGGAUAUAAGACUUACAAGAGCGAUUGUUAGUAAGUGAUUUUUCAUUCUUUACUGAUUUCAAAAAAUUCCAUUUUUCACAUAGAGACAGUCUAAGCCCUCCGGAACCCUUUCCAAGUGUUUUUUUCGUAGAUGGGACAUUUUAUACGACGAAACAUGUUUCAUCGUAUAAAAUGUCUCCACUUGUUUUGUUGUGGAUAUACAGAGUACACUUUGAUUCGACUGCCAAUUUUCAACUAGAAAUUGUUAAUGCAGGGACAUUUUAUACGACGAAACACAUUUCGUCGUAUAAAAUGUCUCCUCUCAAAACCCUUCGACGUUCGCAAAAAAAUCCUCAUGUACCGUAAUUUAACCCCUAGAAAUCUUAGCUUGCAAUUUGCAGGGAUAUCCGAGAUAUCCAACAAUCUUUUCAGACAAGAGAGUGAAGAAAAUUAGGAGGGCGGUCAGAGAAGCAAUUAGUAUUUUACUGUAUAAUUCCAGUGCUUCCACCACCUUUGCGUCCUAUCAAAACACGACCACAAUCGAAUCAGGCCGUUGCUACAACUACACAGACGGGGCCAGUCCGCCGAAAACCUACUACUACUGCUUUUGCAACAACCGGGAUUACUGUAACAGUACGCCGGGACUGGCAGUCGUCGUUUUGGUGCCGUUUUCGCUCUCUUUGUUGUCGUAUUUGGUCGCUCGUCGGCUAUAA